GCCUACUUUACGCCCUAUUCCGCCGUUGCUAGCAACAAAUAAAAUGCGAUCAGCUGUUGCCGUGCUCGCCAUAUUGUGUUGUGUGCCCCUUGUUGUUGAAGAAUCGAGCGAUCAUGGAAGAAAAUAUGGAUAUUUCUGGUGACAGUGCUGACGAAAAUGUAGCGGGCGCGUCUUCCGAAAGUACGAAAGCGGUGGCGGACGCGAAAUGGCAACAGUUGCCUACGAAAUCGAAAAAAUUAUAUCUUAAUAUCUACUACGAAUUCGUGAAGUGGUGCGAUUUUAAAAGUGUGAAAGAAUACGAAGAAGACGUGUUCCUUGCGUUUUUUGAAGAGAAAGCCGAAAAACGUAAACCGUCCUCGUUGUGGGCAUAUUUCUCAAUGUUGAAGGCUACGAUACUGUUGAAUCAUAACAUCGAUAUCGGUAAAUAUUCAAAGUUGGUCAAAUAUUUGAAAGACAAAAAUGAUGGAUACAAACCGACGAAGAGUAGGGUAUUGAACAGAGAGGAUAUUAAUAGGUUCAUAAAAGAAGCUCCCGACGAUCUGUAUUUAAUGAUAAAGGUGGCGCUAAUUUUCGGCGUCUGCGGACCAUGCCGGCGAGAAGAGCUGGCGAAUAUCAUGGCUGACGACAUUCAGGAUUUAGGCGACGCCUUGUUAGUGACGAUACGAGAUAAAGAAAACAAGAUUCAACGAGCUUUCACCGUCAGCGAAACGGCCAACGAUUCUGGAAACUUUUUAGAGACGUACAGAAAAUACGUAUUGUUACGGCCUCCAGAUUGCGAUCAUCGAAGAUUUUUUGUGUUUUAUAAAAAUUACAAAUGUUCGAAACAGGUCGUCGGGAAAAACAUGUUCGGACAGAUUCCGUUUAAAGUAGCGACUUUUCUUAAGUUGCCCAACGCCAAAGAAUAUACCGGCCACUGUUUUAAGCGAUCGUCAGCCACUCUUUUAGAAAAUGCUGGCGGUUCGGCCUCAACCAGUCAUUUAUAUAUGCCUGAAUAUGUUGCUGAUUUAUCGAAUCUAACAGAACAACAGGAUACAGAACCUCGUUUGACUGAAGAUCAGGUGCUAUUCAACAAUAUAAAAACUGAGCCUCCAGACGAAUGUUACAGUGCAUCUGAAGAAACAAUGAUGAAGGUUCCCGUAUCGCCUACAAAAGAUGAAAACGAGAUAUUUUUGAAUGAUAUUAAACAAGAGUCUCUAGAUACUGAAGAUCUGAAAGAACUUGAAGAUACCUCACAAAAUGAUGAUAUUCUCAAAAACGGUACUCGAAACAUUAAUAAAGACCCAGACGGUCACAGUACCGAUCUAGGUACCGCGAGUAUUGCCACGCAGACAGAUAGUUUUGAGGAAUUGCCAGAUGUUGGAUGUUGGUUAAAAAAAACUUUCCGUAGUCCACCAAAAGAUAUUUCCGAAGCUGUGGAUAGGAUGUUUCGGAUUGACCAGAUCAUUUCCGAUCUGAAUCAGUAUAGACAAAGUUUAUUCACCAGUUUUGUUAUUAGGGAUAACAGCGCGCACAAGAUGCAGAAGAGAGGGCAAUUGGAGCGAUUUGUUUCAUACAGUAAGAAAGCGAGGCAAGACGGUGAUGUUUCAUUACCUCCGCCUGCCACAUCAAUUUCCGAUGAAAUUUCAGAAGCACCUGUUCAAAAAGACGGUGAGCCAGUGCAAGAAACCAGGGGUGUAAACUUUGAACUGCAUGAGAAGGUGCUGUCGACAAGGGUUGACGGAAACAUGUUGCUGGCAGGCACAGAAAGUGGCAAACUGUACAUGCACGAUCUCAGCGGUACUACCGAACUAAAAUCCAUAACGGUCUCGGAACAGCCUGUAAUCUCGGUGAUAUCAGUCAAAGACGCGACCACCUCAGAAAUCUUAGCCGCCUCGUUCGAUAACACAAUCCGAAUGUACGAUGUGCACGGUUUGAAAUUGACAAGAACGCUGAACACAGAAGGCAUGGUUCAGUGUAUGGAUGAAAAAUGGGAGUAUGUUUUUAUGGGAACGUCCAAUGGGUACCUCAUGAGGUACUCUUUAAAGAAGAACGAAAUCGAGUUUGAAGAAAAAUUCAACGAUGACUGUAUCUUAACGUUGAAGGCGAUAUCCGAAGGCGCGAGGAAAGUGUUGCUCGUCGGAUCCAAAGGAGCUCCAGUUUGUUUUCGAGAUGCCAUAUCGGGACUUCAUCUGAGGACUCUUCAACAUAAUUCGCCUAGGGCGUCCGUGUUUUCGAUCAUCGUUGACGUUAACGUUUACUGCGCGACUGAUAACCAUGUGCAGGUUUUUUCGUUUCAUGUAAGUUUCAUUUUUAUAUUUCGUACACACUACUAAAAAAAUUAAGGAAGAAAAUUUUCUGCCCAUAUUUCGUAGCUAGACUCUAAACAAAGCAUUUUGAAGCUUCAAGAUUCUAGUUUCCAUGUUUUUUAGCCGAACUUUUUUAGGAGGAAUGGGUCUCAUGCAGUUCUAAUAGUUAGCUCAAGAGAAGUUCUUUGCAAAACUUUUUCCACGGGCUUGAAAAAAAUAUUUUACGCCAGGCCUAGGUCAAGAUCAGAUAACCCAUUUAUUCAGCUUCAAUAUCCUAUUUUUAAAAUCUUGAUAUGAUCAUUUGGCGCCGAGAUAUCUGACUUCGAAUGAAAAAGGGUACUUUCCUUUAAUAUCAAUUUUUUCUGUGUCAAAUUCGAUUUUGACAGGAAGGCACUGUAAUCCACACGCUGAAAGCAGAAACCAAGAAACAGAUAAGCUGCAUCAGACAGUUUAAGAAACUUCUAUUUGCAAGCUGUGAGAACGGAAACAUUUACAUCUAUUCUACCACCCAAAAUAACAAAAUUGGUUGCAUCGAAGGACCUGGUGGUAGCAUUUUGUCGAUGGAAGUCGUUGGAGAUAAAGUAAGCGAAUAUCUUAGUCACAGUACUGCAACACUACAAAAUUCAAAUAUAUUGCUGAUGAUACGUUGUUAUAUGGUUCAUAGUUAUUGCCGAAAAUAACCAGUUAAGUGGAAGACUCGACUUUGGGGAAAUCGACAAAUUAUACAAAGUGUACUCUUAACUUACAACUCAAGCUUUCGAUAGUCUGUGCUGUCAUCGUCAGGAGCUAAAAACAAAUUUAAAAUAUUAAAUAGCAACCAUACUCGAUUGAUUUGUUACUUACUGCGUCAAAUAAAGGCAUAGAAACUGCAAUAGAGCUUAUUUAUUUACUUCAAAAAAAUAAAUUACUUUAUAAGGAUUUCACAUAGCCCAAGUGUUGAUUUUAUAGAAAUUAUGUACAACACUAUUAUUCUU